AUGGCUGGCAAUGAGGGCCAAGCCGGUCCCAGUCUCCGCCUACAGAGCCCAGGACAGUCAGCCCUCCCCUCUCGCUCCUUCAACCAACAGCGCUCAACAAUGGAAAAUGCCAUGUCGAUCCCUGAAAUCGUAGAGCGUAUCCUCUCCUUUUUGCCCCAGCAGAGUCUCUGUCACGUCGCGUCCCUGGUCUGCAAGGACUGGCUCCGUCUCUGUCGACCUCUUUACGCCCUGACCUUUCAGUGGACCGACUGUCCCCAGUACACCCUCGUCCCUGUUCCACUCGAGCCUUCCGCCAGGGGAUCUUCCCGACGAUGGAGCUUGCGCAAGUUUGCCUCCUCUUCCUCAACAGCCCACACCCUCGUCAGAAUCAUUCCCGAAAGGACUUGGUUGUUGAAGAAACUUGUUGGCCUCACCACCCUCAAGUGUCGGUUGAACUACAAGAGCCCCGUCACUGCUAUGACAAUUGCGCCAGGAGACGACGGAGAAUCAGUGACGACAACGACAGCCGCAUCAUCAACAACAACCACAAUCACAACAACAGCGACGACGGCGAGGAUGGUCAGCACCCAGAUUGCGCACCUGCAGGACAAGGCUCGGAUGGAUUUGAUCGAGAGCAUCAGGACGCUGACGGGACAAGGCAAGCUGACGCUUCUACAACUCGAACUGUCAGAGUUGGACGACUUUUCUGGAUUCUUGCGACCUAUCCUCUCCAUCACUACCACGCUGAGCUGUCUAUGGCUCAAGAAGAUCGGGAUUCAGCAACUGCCUAUAGGUCAAAUUCUGACUCUGUGCCCAUACAUCGAGGAGCUGACGAUUGGAUGCGAGUUUUAUUCGAGCAGGGCGAGGUUGACUAUGGUAUUGCUGGAUGAGGUCGAUAGUGGACAGGAGGAGCAAAGCACCCAUUCGUUGCCAAAGAACCUCCAGCUGAAGCGACUGCACCUUAAGGAUGUGUUGAUCAAAGAGUCGGCAAUUAUUGCCAUUCUAGAGUCGGCACCAGGACUGUACGAGCUUCGAGUACAAGGACCAGUUAUCCCCCCACCAACACCUCCAAUCACCCCAUCAGCAACAGUGCAACACGGCUUUACUCUACUGGAUGUGCCUUCGACUGUGUCUGUGGGAGCCGACCAUGCCUUUAUGCCUUCUACUGCUACUGCAAGAGGUGUGGAUUUGCGCGGCGAUUGGUUGACUUGUGACCGGUUGGCGUUCUUUGAGGACCUGGGCGUUCUUUUCCCCCAGCUGACCUCACUGCAUUUCACCAGGACUCAUCACCGCUACACGGACACAAUGAUCAGAGGAAUCCUUCGUGCUUUUCCAAACGCCUCAAGAUGGAGUCUUGCCUGGAGGGACCUGCCUGAUGGGAUCCUGCGGGACUUGAACCAGUGUGUCGAGGCCAACUCAGUCUGUCAGAUUGAUUCGAUAUCUUGGGCGACAAUUCAGGAACCACUGGGAUUGUACGCCAACCAUUUGACGUCUCUGGAGAUCCUGCCUAUGACGGACUGGACGCCUCGGUGGGGUAACGCCCUCCACGAGUUUCUGUGCGAGUCACCGUUACUGGAGCACUUGCGGGCUGGCUCUAUCUCGUACUACAUCGAGAACUUGGAUCUGAACGGGUUGCUACCGGGAGCAAACGAAGCUCUCUCGGACUCGAGGACUGACGACGAUAUCAACAGUCACAACAACGACCACGACUUAGCGUCAGUGAGUACCCACUCAACCUUUGAACGUCACUACUUUGACGCUCCACCAUCGUCAAAGAAGACACUCAAGGUCUGGGCGUGCAGGAAUCUGAAGACACUACAUCUCGAGUUCUCACGGGAGCGACCCAAAACCCAGCCAAAUCGGCCAGUCUCUCCAUACACCAAUGCAACAUCGACAUCCAACCAGUCGUUUUCCACACGCUCAAGUUCUUCCUCCUGUUCUUCGCCCGUCAUGGUGCCCCUCCCCGACAACUCUCCAAGACUGUCCAGGAUCGUUUACGGAUACAUCUCGAGGUUCUGCCCAAACUUACAGGACCUAUUGAUCCGUGCCUACCGGUUGAACAUGACGCUUCGGGGCGGUUUCGCGUUGUUGACGCGCCUACGCAAGUUGAAGCGGGUCGCUAUCUCACAGUACGACUGUCAUUUCAAUGAGCGAGACAUGCUGCCAUGGGUCAUGAAGCGGAGACAGUCACUUAGCGGGAUCCAGGCUCUGUAUUGGAAGGCGAUUGUUGCUGGAUGGUGGAGGGUGUUGCAUGCAAAGGAGCUUGGACCAACAACAUCACCACCACUAUCAUCACAGCCUCCAGUAGCUUCAGGAAAGAAGACAACGACAACAGCGGUCGAGGGCAAAGGAAAACAGAAGGAGGGAUGCGGUUACCAGGAACAGCAGCACGACCAUAUCCUCGUCCGCCCUUCUCCUAGUUCAGCAUCCAUCAAGAAACUGGGUCAUCUUUCGGAUGUGGUGGAUGUACUGACAGAGAUAAUGGCGGAUCGUUCCUCAUCCAUGCGGGACUUGCGGCAAGAAGGACUCGCGGGUCUUGUGGAAGAUUGUAAGGGGUCGGUGUGGCCCGACUUGGAGUGUGUGAGGAUUGUGCAUGGUCAAAUGGCCAAGUCUGGGAUCAAGGAAGGAGCCAUCCGGGCGGUUCUGAAGAAACACCGACCUGAGGUUGAGUUCCAGUGGGUUUCGUGGAUUAACCAAUUCUAA